AUGAAUUUGAGAAAAGAUAAGAAUCAAAGUUUGUUUGAUAAAGAAAGUUACGAAAUACCAAAUGUACUUUUUAAAAAAGAAGAAAUAGAUAAUUCUAGAUAUAUUGAAAAGUACGAUUUAAUUGAAUUAUUAAUUAAUUCACUUAAUUUUAAAAUAGUAAUAAUUACACUUAUAAAUGGAUCUAUAAUUAAAGGUACUGUGGAAUAUAGAAAGGUAUUGCUUAAUAAAAUACAAUAUAAAAGUAUUAAAAAUAAAAGAUUAAAAAUGAUUCUAUUAAAAGAUAUAAUAGUUCUUGAGAAAUCAGAUAAAUGUCCCAAUUUUAAUGCUAAUUAUAAAAAUUUGAAUACUCUAUUUAUACCAAUAAAAUCCAUUUUUUCAUUAACUUGCCCUGAAAUAGAUAAUCCAUCAAAACAUAUCAAGAUGUACAUAAAAUCUUCGAUAUUAAAUAUAAAUCAUAAAUAA